AAUUCUUCAUCGAUUGAUUAUGGAAAAUUUGCCUCAGCAUUGUUUGGACAACGCCAUACUAUUAAAACAAAACGAUUAUAUAGAUCUUAAAAUGAUUUCGAGUGGAUUUAAAACACGAUUUAAAUUGACUCAAAUACCAGAUUUUUAUAUGAUUAAUAGUAAAGAAUAUUUUGCUGCAGAAAUGAAGAUAGAAGGAUUUAAAGUAAGUACUGCUGCUUUAGCUACGGAAAAUGUUUUAAACAUUAAAUUACGAGAAUUGGGUGGUCAACGUCACGUUAGAAAUAUUAACUUUUUCAUUCCAAUGGAAGCAAAUGCAAAAAUCGCAUCUAUUGAAAUAUUCGAUGAUAAUACCAUUUUUAUGAGAGUUCCACUCAUAGAACAUUUUUAAAUUCCAUACUAAUGUAAAAAAAAAAAGAAAUUCUUUAUACCUAUAUAUAUAUAUA